AUGAUAGUUGACAUUACGAGUAGGCCAGAUAAGCAGUCGAAGCCAAAGGGAUUGGACUAUCAGCAUACCCGAAACUUGGACGCAUUGAUCGAGCAAUUGAUGAAUUGUAUAACCUUGUCAGAGGAUAAUAUAGAGGGAUUAUGCGAUCAGGCAAGGAAUUUGUUGCAAGAUGAAUCAAAUGUACAGCCAGUCUCCAGCCCUGUUACAGUCUGUGGCGACAUUCAUGGCCAGUAUCAUGACCUGAUCGAGCUUUUCCGAAUAAGUGGACCAUGUCCAGACACCAAUUACCUCUUCAUGGGUGACUACGUCGACCGCGGCUACCAUUCCGUCGAAUCAGUAUCCCUCCUCGUCGCCCUCAAAGUCCGCUACCCCAAACGCAUAACGAUCCUCCGGGGUAACCACGAAUCCCGACAAAUCACUCAAGUAUAUGGCUUCUACGACGAAUGUCUACGGAAGUACGGCAACGCCAGAGUAUGGACAUUAUUCACAGACCUAUUCGACUACCUCCCUCUUACCGCUCUUAUCGAUAAUCGCAUAUUCUGUCUCCACGGAGGGCUAAGCCCCUCUAUUGAUACUCUGGAUAAUGUUCGAAAAUUAGACCGAGUACAUGAACCUCCUCAUGAUGGCCCAAUGUGUGAUCUUCUCUGGAGCGAUCCUGAUGACAGAUACGGUUGGGGUAUUUCGCCUCGGGGCGCCGGGUAUACAUUCGGACAGGAUAUAUCUGACGCGUUCAAUCACAAUAACGGUCUCAGUCUUAUCGCGCGAGCACAUCAGAUGGUAAUGGAUGGGUAUCUUUGGGCACAUGAUAAAAACGUGGUUACGGUUUUCUCUGCUCCGAACUACUGCUACCGUUGUGGCAAUCAAGCGUCUAUACUGGAGGUAGAUGAGCAACUCAAUUACCGAUUUAUACAGUUUGAUCCUUCGCCACGGACUGGAGAAACUACAGUGCAUAGAAGGACACCAGAUUACUUUUUAUAG